UGGUCGUCGUCAGGUCCAUUUAUCCUCAAUGCAUUCGAGACUUAACUUCCUUCGGCGGUUCCCAUCUCGGAAAGGGAGCUCGGUGCCGCAGAGAGAACGAUCGCUACGAUGGUUGACAUAUCGGGAAGGCAGCUCGGCGCAGCAGAGAGAAGGAUCGCUAACAUCGCCAAUCACCUAUCACCUCCGCCUUCCACUUCACCCCUGCCUUCGAUUGUCCGGCAAGCGACCGCUUCAACGGGCGACAGUUACCAUAGGGUCCAUGGUCAGGUGCCGACGCGAGAAACGACGUGGAGACCGGCCUGCGACGAGUCCGGAAAGGAGUACAUCGACAUUCUGUAUGAAAAAGCGGUGGGCGAAGGGAUUGCGAAGAUCACAAUCAAUCGUCCAGAAAGAAGGAAUGCUUUUAGGCCAAAUACUAUCAAAGAACUUAUUCGGGCGUUUAAUGAUGCGAGGGAUGACAGCUCUAUUGGUGUCAUCAUUCUUACUGGAAAGGGAACCAAAGCUUUCUGUAGUGGUGGUGACCAGGCACUAAGAGGUCCUGAUGGUUAUGCUGAUUUUGAAAAUUUUGGCCGUCUUAAUGUGUUGGACCUCCAGGUUCAAAUACGUCGGCUUCCCAAACCAGUAAUAGCAAUGGUAGCAGGUUAUGCUGUUGGUGGUGGUCACAUAUUACACAUGGUUUGUGACUUAACUAUUGCUGCUGAUAAUGCAAUUUUUGGUCAAACUGGGCCAAAGGUUGGUAGCUUUGAUGCUGGUUAUGGAUCCUCCAUCAUGUCCCGUUUGAUUGGGCCAAAGAAAGCACGUGAGAUGUGGUUUUUGUGCCGUUUCUACGAUGCUUAUGAAGCAGAAAAAAUGGGACUCGUGAACGUAGUAGUACCUCUGGAGAAAUUGGAACUCGAGACACUGAAAUGGUGCCGUGAGAUUUUACGCAACAGUCCAACGGCAAUCCGUAUCUUGAAAUCUGCUCUUAAUGCUGUAGAUGAUGGCCAUGCUGGUCUGCAGGAGCUGGGAGGAAAUGCAACGUUAGUCUUCUAUGGUACUGAAGAGGCUAAUGAAGGGAAGAGAGCAUAUAUGGAUCGCCGGCAACCAGAUUUCUCUAAAUUUCCACGAAGACCUUGAUCUCACUUUCUUCGAUCAUAUCAUCUACUUUUUAAGCUUCAUUUCGGACCUUUGCUUGUUCAUCAAUUAGCACCUUUCUUGAUAUCGCAUGCUAUACAAAAGACUGAUGAUCUGAAAAUGGCGAUCGAGUUCGACAAAUAGCUAAGGAUUCAACUUUGGCCCGUCUCCAAUUCAUUAUCUUCUUGGAUUGUAUAUUCAUCCACAAUCAUUAGGACGUGCAGGGUCAACGCAAUAGUUGACAUUAUACUCUUUAAUUGAUAUACCUGUAAGUUCAUAUGUAUUAAUUAUUUCGGUGCAGAAUUUAUUUUA